AUGGAUCUCUUCCAGCUUCUUCCCUACCUCCUCUCCUUCCUCAUCCUCUUUCCCAUAAUUCUUUAUUGGAAGACAACCAAUCAAAGUUCCAAGCUUGCCUCAAAGCUUCCACCUGGUUCCUCUUCAACCUUUCUCCCUUUCGUUGACCACACACUCUCCUUCAUCAGCCCGCACCCUUCUUCCUCCAUCGGAAACUUCCUUCAACAAAACAUAAACAGAUAUGGGAGAAUAUUUCAAUCUCAUCUGUUCGGAAGACCAACCAUAGUGUCAUGCGACGCUGAAUUCAACUCCUAUGUGUUGAACAACGAGGAGAGAUUGUUCAUGGCUAGUUAUCCGAAGACCAUUCCCGGAGUUCUGGGAGAAAAUACUCUGUUAGCCGUCAACGGAGAAACUCACAAGCACUUGCGUGGGCUUGUUGUGAGCCUCAUGUCCGCCAUUAAGAAUCCCGAUAAGACCACUUUCUUCUCCGACAUUGAGGACACUGCUCUCUCUAUCAUGAGAUCUUGGUUCGACAGGGAAACUAUAGUGCUCUGUGAUGAGACCCGCAAAUUCACUUUCAGUGUUAUAGUUAAGCAAAUAUUGAGCCUUGAGCCAGAAGAGGAGGAAGCCAUGGAACUGCUCAAAUGCUAUAAGACAUUCAUGAGAGGACUAACUUCACUUCCUCUUAACUUUCCUGGAACUCCUUACGCAAAGGCAAUAAAGGCAAGGCACCAAAUAAAUGAUAUUUUGAGAGGCCGGAUGAAGAGGCGCCGAGAAGUGCAAUUAAAUAAUAAGCUGGGGUUAGAUUUCUUAGACAUAUUGUUAGCUGACGAGAACAUAACAGAGAAGUAUGUUCUUUCACUUAUGCUUGAUCUUCUACUUGGAGGCUAUGAAACCACUGCCAUGUUGAUUGCUAUCAUGGUCAAGUAUCUUAGUGAAAAUCCAAGCAUCUUGGAAGAGUUGAAGGAGGAGCACAUUGGGAUAAUGAAGAGCAAGAGAGGAGAAAAGCUUGGGUGGGAUGAUUAUAAGAAGAUGGAGUUUACUCAGUGUCUUAUAAAUGAAUCACUUCGAGUUGGGAAUGUGGUUAAAUUUCUUCAUCGAAAGACAAUAAAAUCCAUUGAAUUCAAAGAUAGGCUUAUUCCCUCAUGGCAUGCUACGAUUUGGUUUAAGCGUAUUAGGCAGAUUAUUGAGGGACACUCUUUAAACAUAUCAUACUCCUUUACAAAUAGAGAGGGCAACAAAUCUGCGGAUUGGCUUGCUAAAUGGAGGGUGCAGGGGGCAAUAGUUGGUAUUACUCCUCCUCCUAUGUUGGCUAAGCUGAUUAAUAGUGAUAUGGCAGUUCCUUAUGUACGUGUUUAA